UUGAGGUUCAGCUCCAGAUGCCUGCCCCCUCCCUCCCACUGAGCCUUAUAAAAGACAUAUCUCUGGCCCUGCUUCUUCAGUCUCGUCCCAGACCAGCUACAUCAACAGUUCCAUGAUGAGGUUCGUAGCCCUUGCCCUCACUGUUUUGCUGGCAGGUUGCCAGGCCCGUUUCCUGCAGGAUGAAGCACCAUCACAGCUGGAUCAUGUGAAGUCUGCGUUCAAGCUUUACGCAGAUCAGCUGAAGCAGUCUUCACACAAGACCCUCACUCACCUCGAUGACACAGAGUUCAAAGACUACAAGGUAUUCCUGGGCCAGUCCAUAGACAACCUCCAUGGCUACUUUGAGAAAGCCUUUGAAUUCAUCACCCCAGUUGCUACCCAGGUGCUGGAUGCCACCGCUACACAGCGUGAGAAGUUGACCAAGGACAUCGAGGACCUCCGUAAGCAGCUCGAGCCCAUGCGUGAGGAGCUCAGGCAGGUUCUGCUGAAGCACCUCGAGGAGUACAGAGAUGAGCUGAAGCCUUUUGUCGACGAUUACUUGGCCAAGGAGCGUCAGCGCAUGGAGGAAGUCCGAACCAAGCUGGAGCCAGUGGUCAAGAGCUUGAAGGAAAAGAUUGGACCCAAUUGGGAGGAGACCAAGUCCAAGCUGACGCCCAUCCUGGAGGCCGUGCGUGUAAAGGUGGCGGAGUAUCUGCAGGAAGCGAAGACCGGUCUGGAGCCCUACAUCCAGGAAUAUAAGGAUCAGGUGGAGAAGGGAACCAUAGAGUUCCGCGAGGCCGUGCGAUCCGGAGAACUGAGGAAAAAGAUGACCGAAUUGGGUGAUCAGGUGAAGCCUCACUUUGAGAAAAUAGUUGAAGCUGUCCAAAAGUUUGUUAGCAAGGAGUAAACCAGCUGUUUUUUACAACACCCACCCUCCCUUCUUCCUUGCCUCCUAAGCCAAGCACCGACACCUCGACCCGUCAUCCAGAAGGCUUUUCUCAGAGCAUAUCCAACCUUUACUCGAAGCACACAAUACACGAAUACACUCAUAUGCACUUUUUACACACUUCCACCGCUGCAGGACUCACAUUCUCUCUAAUGGGCAAACACGGAUAUGAAUAAAAGAACACUGAAACCUGUUCAUUCAAAAAAUGCCUAGCAAAAAUCCUUUGUUAAGCUGCUUUUUGUUCAAAACUGAUUUUCAAUGUUCAAUGAAAUAAAAAUAAUAAACAAUAAAAAAAAAAAAAAAUUCAUACUA